AUGCCGCCGGAGGGGGUUGCAUCGACGCCGCAGUCAAACACUGACAACAGCCUUUGCGACCACUACCUCCCGUUGAAGAAGCGGUUCUGUCGUGCGGAGAAGCGCGGGGGUAGCCGCUUUUGCCACACACAUGAUACACCCACGCUGUUCGCAGCCCAGCAGGUCAGUGACGGCAUCAGGGUGGCGGAUGACACCGAACGUCCACGGCGGGUGCCAUGCCCCAUCAAUCCCAAUCACACUGUUUACGAAUCACGGUUGCAGUACCACACGAAGGUGUGCCCGGAUUUGCGCUUUGUUGCCACGCGGCUGCCUUAUUACCGAGCGAAUCUCCACGCCUUUCGCGGAAAUGUGUAUUGUGCAGGGUCCGACACGCAACACGAGCGACGGACACACCAUCACUUAGAUGCCGACACCCUUCGCCAGCUUAUCGCGCGCGUGCGUCAGUGUUACUUCACCGUAGUACAGCCACAGAUGGUAUUGAUGGCAGAGGAGAUAUCCAACAAGGGUGAAGAAGCAUCCACGUCGACGCGAAAACUGUCGGCCAAGCAUGGUCCACAGCACCGUGCCUUGCUCCACUGCCUGCAGAAAGCAAUUGCAGGGUUUUCAAGACGCCAGGUGCAAACGGAUGGCGCCGGAGCGGCGGUGGCUGGCUUUCUAGAAUUGGGGGCGGGAAAGGGCGGACUCUCAGUGGCGUUGCAGGAUGCCGUACUGUCCCACGCCUUUGAUCUUCCAGGGAAUACGCCCACGAAACAAAGUUCCAUGGCAGCAGUUGGGUGCCGUGAGCCACUCCUUGUUGUGGUCGAUGUAGACAACUUUCGCCGCAAAGCCGACGCACGUGUUUGCCGCACACGUCUUCCUCUCAUUCGGCUGCGUCUUGACAUUAAAGACCUCGACUUGGCUGCUGCGCUGCGGGACCCUUCCGUUCGCAAACGGGACCGAAGCAGCGAACACGCUGAUAAGAGCAUUUCUUUGGAUCCCCGCCCUGCUGCGCUAAACGCAGAAGAGCACUGGGUGGCGAUGGGCAAGCACCUUUGCGGCGCCUGCACGGACUUUGCCCUCGCAUGCAUCACGGCACCCAACCUUCGGACGGAAGGACGCCUAUCCGUGAGUGCCGUCGUCCUUGCCACAUGCUGCCACCAUCGCUGUGAGCUGCGGCACAUCAACUCGCUGGAAUCCACAGGCAGAAACGGUGAUACCGUUUUGCGUCUGCCGGGAACGACAUACACCCUUUCUCCCGCGGAGUUUGCAGCAAUUGCUUCCAUGUCUUCCUGGGCUGUCAGUGGGGCUUGUGUUGAUCACGAAAGCCGCAUCACAGGUGUAUGCUGCAAGCGCGUCAUCGAUGCCCUACGGAUACAGUACUUGAAACAAAGUGGAUACCGAGCUGCCUACCUAUGCCAGUACACUCAAAGGGAGAUCACGGAAGAAAAUGUUUGCAUUGUUGCGUUUGCGUAG